GUAUGCCGCAGUGUAUUUUUCUUUGCAAAACAUGGAGAAGCGAACGAUAUUAGAGCUUGUUGCCACGGCCCAUAGUCUUUCUGUUAUAUUUCUAAAUGAACAGAGGAGAACAUUGGAUUUGGAUCUGAAUUGCAGUAUCCCAUCACAGACAUGGACACAGUUGACGGUUGUUCACCGGCAGGCGGCAUUCCCAUUUAGCGGCAACGAAUUUUUAUGCUUUCUCAAUGGUAUGGAGGUUGCUGCGGUUUCCGGUGUUCAAUACCCACCAAUCUCCCUUGGCUUUUUUUACAUUGGGACACGUGGCGAGGAUGUGGAACAACGCUCCUCUCGAAGAUCCUUCAUUGGGCAAAUGACGGCGGUGUAUUUUCUCAUGCGCGCACUAACGCCAAAGGAAGUAUUGGAGUUUUUUGUGGGAGGUACGGGCGUGACGAGCAUGAAGCAAUACGCCACGCAUAUUGCCGUAUACAUUGAUCCCCGAUUUUGCGAGCGUGGUCAAGUCCACAAUUUGGCGACGUUGAUGCGUGGGAAAGCGUCUGAGUUGCCUCUGAUCACAUACGAGGGUACCGUCGCGUGCAAUACAAACAGUAUUAUUGAUUCCAUCUGUGUGCUUGGCGCGUUGCAUACGGUGGUGGUGCCGCUGUUAGUUCUCCUGGUGAAUCCGCAGCUGCCGUUUCAGUGUCGUAUUCCGCCGGCAAAACGCAAGUCUGUUCCGGAGACCACCCGGAAGGCGGUGGAUGAUCUCUUGAAGCUUGUGGAGUCGCUUCUGCUUAGCAACACCGUACGUGCGGAUGUCUUGGAGGUUGGCCUUUUCCCAAUGAUUGCCCACGUUCUGCAGCAGUUUAUGGAGUAUCACUGCUCCAAUCUCGCCCAGAGAAUGUGUAACCUUUGCAGCGCCCUCUUACCCAAUGGUGCCAUUUUUGAUGCCGCCUACACCGUACUUUUUCUUUCGGGGGAUCUUUUACACGCAUGCUCCGAGGAAACACAGUUGGCGCUGAUCAAAACCCAAACUGCCAUGUGUGGUGCAAAUAAGGAGCUCUGCCGACGUGCGCAUGCACUGGAUUUGUCGAAUUUUGUCGUGAGUGAAAUCAUCCAUGUGUACAACACGUCUUCUCCUCAUCAUGCGUCCAUGCGAAGAGAAAUGUUUGUUCUUCUGGAAGUUAUGAUGGUGGAGCCCAUAACAAUGAACGACGCGGAUGCCCUUCUGCGUCUUAUAAAUUUUGCUGUGAAACAAAUUGAGUCGAUGGUACUUCUUGAAAUUCUUGAAAGGUGUCGCGUGCUCAUUGCGACACGAAAACCACUACUUGCUGCCUACAUGGGCAAGAAGGACUUUGCUGCGGUUCUUCUGUUGCUUUUGGAAGACUCUCGUGGGAUGGUUCAAAAUGAGGCGCUUUUGCUUUUUUGUCUGCUUGUCGGCCGCUCGCGGCGGACGCAGGAGUUGCUGAAUCCCACUCUGCUGUCCGCACGUGAGGCGGCACACGUCGCCUGUGAUAUCUCUCUCUCAUGGCUCAGGGAAAAACUUCACGCUGUGCAGGUGGAUGUGGGACUGUACAUUACAUUGCGUGCCGCCCUGACAGGUCGGUUUGAUGCACCCAUAAAUGAUUGUACAGAACUGAAACGGGAAGACAAGAUUCUUUUUGCCCCAGCCUUUACACCGCUGUUGCAGAUGAUGAAACGGUGUCAAGAAAAGUCCUUAAAGAUUAGGGCCAUGUCCGAUAUUGCAGCGUUAGUACAACAAGAUCCAUCGGCGUGGAAAAGUGUCGUGUCUGUGCCAGGAUGGUAUGCGAGUGUUGUGGACUUGUACCUUUCGGAAGAUGAUUUGUGCGACAUGCAGGCAAGUGAUAUAUCGUCUUUUUUGGCAUCCACAACGAUGAUAUUCGUAAAGGUGCUCUUUCAUGCCCUUCUGCAUGAGGCCUACGGAGCUUCAGAGUUGGAACUUCUAGUGGCAUAUCUUGUGCAGCAGCGUGUCCAUGUUUUGCUGAACGCCGUUUUGACAGGAGUGGUGAAGGAGUACAGUGCAUUAUUUUCUGUUCGUCAUAAUCUUCUUGGUGGGGCACACUUUGGACUUGGUAGCCAGCAGGCAGCUACAAACUUUACAACGUUUUUGUUUUUGGUUGAAGAUGUGUUAUUUUACUCAGCCACCACAUAUCAGGCAUAUGGGGCGACGCGACCCCUUGAAUCGCUACGGAAGCGAGGAUACACAGAGGAAGAAGAGCUGGUGCUUGGCCCCAUUAAGCGUCACGCACGCGAUGCUCGGCGACAACAGCAAGGAGAAGGGGGAGAGGAGGUGGAAGAAGAAGAAGAAGAAGAAGAGAGGGAAGAAUCCGUUGAUGCGUUAGGGGGUCAGUUGUUUAUUGGUGACAAGGCGAUGCGAUUUCGCAUGGAUCCCGACGGGGUUUGGCUUCAUGCGACUCUUGCCGUAUGCACCAUGCAUAUUCUCACGACACAUGCUGCCGUGCUUAACGCAGGUGGGACGAACAGCGGCGGUUCUUUGGAUUUUUACAUGCGGGGACGUCGAGUUCGGAAAGGAGGGUUUCUUCGUUUAUUUGUGCGUCUUUUCCGCGUGACAUGCAACUUCAUUUUGCGGGAUGCCGAGCAGGUGGAGGGUGUUGUGCUCAUGGUGGGACGAUGGAUACGAAUUGUGGAAAAGGAGCAGAGCUCCUUUUUGCUUCUUCGACGCCAAUCGACAGAGCAGAGGGAGCAUUCGCCACUUUCCGGUUCUAUGAUCAUGAUUCUCGGCUUACACGAUCUUCUCGCUCGACGUUUGCGCUUCUCCGUGGAGGGUUCAUCCACACGGUUUGAGGACUUAAACUAUGAAAUAUUGGACUGUAUCAAGUGUCUUUGUAUUCUCUAUCGUAGGACUCUAGCUCAGAUGCAGAUAUUUCACGCACAGAGUCCAGCUUAUGAAAGUGCACCACGGACACGGAAGGAUACUCUGGAUUGGCUUUGUUCCAGGAAGCGAGAAAGGUCGAUUGUGGAGUUUGUAGAGGUGGCGUCUCGACAAGACUACGAUGGGUUUAUACGUCAUUGUACGCUCGUCAUGGAGCGGGAUCGGUUAACUGAAAAGGGCAUCGUCCGGCUGAUUGAAGAAGAACACACAAAGGUCAUGGCGCAUCUGCAUCAGAUCAUUACGGGCCUCAGUGUUGCCCGCAGGUUAAUGCUUGAUGCGCUGGAACAAUAUCUGCAGGCGACAUCCAAGGAAUUGGCCGAGACGGAGACACUCAAGGAACGAUUUGCCCCACAAACAGCGCGUAAGCUUGCCACUGUGGUGUUCAACACAGUCUGGCGUCGCUUUCUGGAGCGGUGCAAGGGCACCAUCUGGGAUUUUGACCCGGCUGGACAGCACAGUACCAAAUACGUCCGUUUAUUGGAGGUGGAACAGCAGCAGCUUGUUCGCCGAAAAUUGGUGUUUGACUCCAAUGGCACUGACCAUGCGAAUAUCACAACAAUGGGAUCCGCCUCCUUAGUUCUCCAACAGGCUGAGCAGCAGCAGCCAUGUCCUCGCGGCGGGGAACACAUGCUAUUAUCCACAGAAAACUCAGGGAAUGACGAAGAAGACGAAGAGGAGGAGGGAAAGGACGAGGAAGAACAAAUGGAAGAAGAAGAAGGGAUGGAAUUGAGUGGUGUUGCAGCUCUCCCGGUGGCAACGGAGGCGAACCAAACCGUACACUUCUCCAUGGCAUGUGAGGUUCCGUACAUGAUGCACUGCUGGAGUGCGACUAUGGUGAUACGGGAAAGUGAUCUUUGUAUCUUUUUCGAUGAAGAAAACAAGGCAUAUAAUCAACGAAUUGCGGAAGAAGCAGAAUCAUUGCUGAUAAAGCCAGGAAGUAUCAUUUAUCCAUCGGGUCAUGUAAAAAUCUUGGCGCCAGGUCGACGUUUUCGAAUGCGGCGUAGUGCGGUUGAGUUAUGGUUUCUUGAUGGAAUGAGCGUGUUGAUCAACUUUGCCACCUUUCCAGACAUGCGGGCUGCUGUGAACAACAUACGUACGGCGGCUGGGAGGCACAAAUUACUUCAUUCUCCUUUAUAUAUUUUUCAGGUGAAUCCCAAGAAAGAUCCAAUGCUCUGGCGACGCAUGGAACAGUGGCGUGAUCGCGAGAUUUCCAACUUUGAAUACUUGUUGUGGCUCAAUUUUUUUGGUGGCCGUACCUUGAAUGACAUCACCCAGUAUCCGGUGUUUCCCUGGGUUAUCGCGGACUACACUAGUGAAACAUUGGAUUUGGAAAGCCCUUCUACGUUCCGUGAUUUUACGCUACCAGUCGGUAUAUGUGGGGGCCCACAAUCUCGUGCACGUGUGGAGAUGCGAUACGAGGCAACCAAACAACUUGGAGAUAUUCCGGCGCAUUACUUUACACAUUACAGUUCCUCUGCCGUGGUGCUUUAUUAUUUGAUUCGUAUGGAGCCCUUCACCACUUUGCAGAUUAUCCUGCAAGGGGGCCACUUUGAUCAUGCUGACCGUAUGUUUCAUUCCAUGGCUUCAUGUUGGCAUGGGGUGACUACAAAUUCACAGGAUGUGCGAGAGCUAAUACCAGAGCUCUUUUAUAUGCCAGAAAUCUGCAUGAAUACAAAUAGAGUUCGGUUUGGUUGUAAACAAGGCGGAGAAGCGAUGGAUUCACUUGAAUUACCGCCAUGGUCUCAUGGAGAUCCGUACGAAUUUAUUUAUCGAAUGCGGGAGGCUCUUGAAAGCGAUUAUGUUUCUUCAAUGCUACAUCAUUGGAUCGAUUUGAUCUUUGGGUAUAAGCAGCGGGGCAAGGAAGCCAUUGCCGCGCUCAAUGUUUUUAACUGGCACUCCUAUGAGGAGCUGGACAAGAACCGUGAUACGGAUGUGGAUCGGCAAUUGCUUAUCGAUUCCCUUGAUAACAUUGGGCAAACUCCCAUUCAACUCUUUACGCAGAAUCACGUUGAACGACGCCCCUAUGAUUUGUUGGAUCCAAUAAGUUGCUCUAUGAGUGUGAAAACAAUUGAUGUUCAGCGCACGUGUUCCUGUGUUGCUCGUGUGGCGUUAUUCGCAUCGGAUCGUGUCCUUCUUGUGGGCGGGAAUGGGACGGCUCUGCUUUUCCGGCUUAUUGUGGCCCCUCUUACGAAACGGGCGAGACGCGCAUGUUCUGCUGGCUCUGUUGGUUCGGCGGCGGCAACGGGGGCGGGGGAAAACUCCGUGGCAGCUUCUGCAGGCAGCGGGGGUUUGCCGAGUUUGUCAAAUAUGACGCCUUCGGCAUCGGGCCGCGGCGGCGGAAUUUCUCGAGGCCGCCCGAGCGUUGAUAUGCUGGAGGAAGUUGAGCGUCGUACUGCGCCUCUUCCCACAGGUGUGGUUCCGAACACGAGCAAAAAGGCCGGUGGUCCGUGUGAGACGGAGAAUGUGGCGGUGCUUUCCUUCGAUAACGAAGUGUUUGUGGCCUUUGGUGGUCUCUUUGACAAUACUUUUGUGAUCCGUCCGCUGGACUCCUCUUCCGUCUUUGCGGAGGAGCGCCUAAGUGCGCAUCGCGGCCGCGUUGUGCGCAUCACUGCGAGCUCCAACAGUCGCUACAUCGUGAGCGGCGCGGAGGACACCACCUUUGUUGUGUGGAGUUGUCAGCUGCAGCAGGGGCGUACCAGGCUGCGAGUGGAGCUGCUCUUUACGGUGUAUGGGCACGAGGAUAAUCCCACCGCCGUAGACCUCAGUCCCGUGCUUGACCUUGUCGCCACCGCCAGCAGGGACGGUGUGCUGAUGCUGCAUAGUCUUACGAGCAGUCGACUGGAGCGCAGUUUGAGGCAUCCGGAGAAUUUUUCCAUUGACCGCGUGCUUAUCCAAGCGUCAUGUUACCUGCCGAAUAUUUUAUACGCCUCCGCGUUGGAUCACGUUAUACAUCAGAUUGGCGUCAAUGGUGUGGCGUUGCGGUCAGUCACCGCCCCGGGGCGUAUUACGAGUUGGUGCGUCACACCAAAUCAGUACAUUCUCGUCACGACCAAAUCCUUUACAAAUUUGAAUGCAUCGGACGAAUCUGGCGGGACGGUUUUUUUUCUCCAUUCCUUCUACCUCUCUUUUUUGAACUCUGUGCCAUGUCCGUUGAGAAGUUUUGGUGCCACACUGACGUGCUGCGCGGCUCAUCCUUCCAACCCGCAGGUGAUUGUGUGCGGCUCCUCUGAGGGAUCCUUGUCACUCUUACGCGUUGAGUUGUGA